AUGAGAAUUCCCCCAAAACUCCGAGCACAUAUUUAUGCUUCUGGACUGUUUGUAUUCGUCACCGGCGCCGCCUAUUGCGCCUAUACUGGAGCAAUGGAAAUUCGAAAGUGGUCAAUGUCAGCUCCACGUCUUCAACAUCAAGAAAUGGAGGACUAUUUGAGAUUCAAAGAAGAGCAAGCGCGAAGGAAGGUGGCUCCGCCUGUUUAG